AUGGACGGUUUUGUUAAGAGGAACAGAACUGCUAUUGUGGCUGCAAUCGCUACAAUUGCUGCAGGGUCUGCUGCGGUCGGUGCGUACUAUUACUACAAACAGUUGCAAGAUGAAGUCGCUGCAAGAGGAGGUUCUCCCGAUUCAGAUUUGACUGCUGGCUCUACUUCUUCAAAGAGUAAAUCUAAUAAGAAAAAUAAGAAAAAGAAUAAGAAAAAGGCUAAGAGUCACGAUUAUCCUAUAUUGACUAAUGGUGAACCGGAUCUUGAACAGAUCAUGGCUUUAUCUUCCGAAAAGAAGGACACUAUUGCUACACUAUUGAAGGAUAAAGGUAAUGAAUUUUUCAAGGCUCAAAAUAUGCAAGAAGCUUUGAAAUAUUAUAAUCACGCUUUGAAAUUGAAACAAGACCCAGUAUAUUAUUCUAACAUAUCUGCAUGUUACGUUACCUUAAAUGAUCAAGAGAAAGUCAUUGAAUUCACUACAAAGGCAUUGGAAUUAAGAUCUGAUUAUUCAAAGGCUUUGCUAAGAAGAGCCUCUGCCUAUGAAGCCUUAGAACGUUACUCUGAUGCAAUGUUUGAUUUAUCUGUGUUAUCUUUAAAUAACGACUAUAGCGGUGCUUCUAUUGAACCAAUGUUAGAACGUAACUUGAACAAACAAGCAAUGAGAGUAUUGAAAGAAAAAUUGAGUAUCUCAGAUGAUGAUGAAGCUGCUGUUCCUGUCAUUGCUCAGCAAUUGCCUUCGAAUACUGCUAUGGCUUCAUUCUUUGGUAUCUUUAAACCAGAAACUACUUUUGAUAAUUACGAUGAAAAUAAUGAAAAUGAUAAAUUAUUGAAAAAUGGUUUAACUGAAUUAUAUUCAGCAACUAAUGAAGGUUAUUUAAAGGCUGAAAAAGAUUUUGAUAUUGCUGCAAAGGGAUUCGUCGAACUAUAUGAAACUGAUAAGACUAAUGAGAUUGUUAAGAAUAAAUUGGCAAUUGCUUUGGAAUAUGUCGGUAUCUUUAAAUUCUUAAAGAACGAUUUGGUUGGUGCUCAAGAAAAUAUUAAAAAAGCCAUUAAUCUACAUCCUCGGGUCAAUUCUUAUAUCUAUAUGGCUUUAACCAUGGCUGAUAAAGGUGAUACUCAGGAUUAUUUCACUUACUUCGAUAAAGCUCUUGAAUUGGAUCCAAAUUGUUCCGCUACUUAUUAUCAUAGAGGUCAAUUAUAUUUCAUUACUCAGAAAUAUGAUUUGGCUAGAGCUGAUUUUGUUAAAUCUAAAGAAUCUGAUGAAAAUAAUAUUUUCCCUUACAUUCAAUUAGCAUGUCUAGAGUAUCGCGAAUCUAAUUUUGAAGGUUGUAAAGAACAUUUUGAUAUUGCAAGACAGAAAUUUCCAAUUGCUCCAGAAGUUCCAACUUUCUUUGCUGAAAUUUUAGCUGAUAAAGGAGAUUUUGAAGAAGCUACUAAACAAUAUGAAAUCGCCAGAAAAUUAGAAAAACAACAAUCAACAAUUCGUGUUGGUAUUGCGCCUUUGGUAGGUAAAGCUACCGUAAUCUCUAGACAACCAAGUAUUGAAAACUUUAAAGAAGCCUCAGUGUUAUUCGAAGAAGCUUGUAAACUUGACCCAAGAUCCGAACAAGCUAAGGUUGGUUUAGCUCAAUUGAAAUUACAAGAAGAAGAUGUUGACAACGCCAUCACUUUGUUCGAAGAAGCAGCUGAUCUAGCUAGAACCAUUGAAGAAAAAUUACAAGCUACAACAUUUGCUGAAGCUGCUAAAGUUCAAAAGAGAAUUAGAGCUGACCCUGUCGUUAGAGCUAAAGUUGAAGAAGCUUUGGCUCAGUAUCGUGCACAAGGUCAUAUGUGA